CCGUUAACGGACAUGUCCUCAUUCACCCCUUUCCCUCGGGAUUGAGCAGUCCCCGUUACACGGUGUUUAGUAGAGACCUGGUUGCAGUUCCCUGCAUUUAAAAUGUCGUGCGAGCACAGUUCAGUUUCACCCCGUCUCGGUUCGGUACAGCCGCGUAAUUAAGAAGUGUUGACGGCGGACAAGUUGGUGUUUCACGGCAUGUGUUCAGGAAACCACCCGCUCGAGACGCACAUGACGUUACCCGGCGAGGGGCACGGACGUCGCUAUGGCAGCAAUGUGUUGUCGACGGGGGAAAUGGAUAACGACGCCAGAAAUAACGCAAGCCGAAUACAAACGGAAAAUAAGUGACCUAUAACGCCGCGUUACAUUUCACCGGGCGUCACUCACUAAUGAUACACGUCCGACAAUGGAGUCAGCGGUCUGACUGCUGCAUCGGCUUUAGUCUGCUGUAGAGACGUUACGGGACAGUGUGGGACGAUUGGUGGUUCUUCCACUAACUCACAUUAAACAUGCAAAUAAGUGGAUAUAAAUGUGCUCGCAGCAGCAACAGGCUGACACCCUACCAAUGCUAGCCGGACUGUGUAACCAACAUGAACACACUGUUUGAUAGCGUUCACUAAACGUGAACUUAGGAGUUUCUCAUCAGAUAGCGUUACUACCAAUGACUCGUUAGCCGGUAGCGACCACAUCCACACACGCGAGCGUUUUGCUGGUAAACGUGUGUCUACUUAACCAGCCCGGUCAGUCGUAACGUUACCCGUUAAUUUAAAGCGAAUACACUGACGCUAGGCUCAAGUAGUGGGGAAGGAAAUCAUGAACACUAAAAGGCCAGCUCAGUGAGUCCAUGGACCAGUGCAGUGGCUUUGACUUUAACAUGGAUGACUGUGAGAAGUUUGAAAUUUCAGAGAACAGCGUCAACAAGGGAACAGAGCAGAUCAGGCCUGAAUGCUUUGAGCUGCUGAAAGUCCUGGGAAAAGGUGGCUAUGGAAAGGUGUUUCAGGUUCGGAAGGUAUCAGGUUCCACCUCCGGGAAGAUAUUCGCCAUGAAAGUUUUGAAGAAGGCCAUGAUUGUGCGUAAUGCAAAGGACACAGCUCACACCAAAGCAGAGAGGAACAUUCUAGAGGAGGUGAAGCACCCUUUCAUUGUGGACCUCAUCUAUGCCUUCCAGACCGGGGGAAAGUUAUACCUCAUCCUGGAGUAUCUGAGCGGUGGGGAGCUGUUUAUGCAACUGGAAAGAGAGGGCAUCUUCAUGGAGGACACAGCCUGUUUCUACCUGGCCGAGAUUUCGAUGGCGCUGGGUCACCUGCACCAGAAAGGCAUCAUCUAUAGGGACCUGAAGCCUGAGAACAUCAUGCUCAACGACAACGGACACGUGAAGCUGACCGACUUCGGUCUUUGCAAAGAGUCCAUCCACGACGGAACGGUCACCCACACUUUCUGUGGCACUAUUGAAUACAUGGCUCCGGAGAUCCUGAUGAGGAGUGGACAUAACCGAGCAGUGGACUGGUGGAGUUUGGGAGCGCUCAUGUAUGACAUGCUGACAGGAGCACCCCCGUUUACCGGAGAAAACCGAAAGAAGACGAUUGACAAAAUCUUGAAAUGCAAACUCAGCCUUCCGCCUUACCUCACGCAAGAAGCCAGGGACCUCCUGAAAAAGCUGCUGAAACGAAACGCUUCGUUGCGUCUCGGGGCCGGACCAGGAGAUGCUGCCGAGAUCCAGGCCCACCCAUUCUUCCGUCAUAUAAAUUGGGAUGACCUCCUCGCUCGCAAAGUAGAGCCUCCAUUCAAACCAUACCUGCAAUCGGCUGAUGACGUCAGCCAGUUUGACUCCAAGUUCACCAGCCAGACUCCAGUGGACAGCCCUGACGACUCCACGCUCAGCGAGAGUGCCAAUCAAGCCUUCCUGGGUUUCACAUAUGUAGCCCCAUCUGUGCUGGAAAACGUCAAGGAGAAGUUCCCUUUCGAGCCAAAGGUGCGCUCACCACGGAAGUUCCCAGGAAGCCCCAGAACACCUGUGAGUCCGCUGAAGUUUGUAGGAGGGGACUGCUGGCCCCGGGGACCCACUGGCCGCACAGUGCAGCCAUCUAUGGAGGUGUCAUCGGUGGAGCAAAUGGACACAAGCGGCGGUGGCUCUGAGGCCUCUGCGCCGCUCCCCAUCAGGCACCCUUCAGGCAUCAAUGCGGGACCCUACAAAAAGCAGGCCUACCCCAUGAACUCCAAGCGGCCAGAGCAUCUACGGAUGAACCUAUGACGCUCUGCUCGCCCCACGAACAUUAGGACUCUUCGAAUUCCUCGUCUUCUUCCUUUUUUGUUUUUUCUGCUUUCAAAGAGACUUGUAGAAUAUUUUUUUCGAAUUGACUGACACUGUCAGUGCCGAUCACCAGCUCUUCCAGCAGCGCCUUCCCGUCCCUCCUGACUCAGCUUUGCCACCUCGGGCUGAAGCGGAUAAUCAGCAGUGAAGUACAGCAGAUAAGAGUCGGGGGAAGUUGUGUGUGUGUGUGUGUGUGUGUGUGUGUGUGUGAGAGGUGCUCUUCCACGAAAGUGUCCUCGCUUGUUGUUUGGUGUACUCUACUGGCUUUAUCAUAUGAUUUACUGGUGCUCUUUUAUCCCCAAGUCUGGUGAAUGUUAAUUCUAAUGUUAGUGGCUCAUUGCCUAUGUCACAGUGAGAGAAUUUGGUUACGGGGCUUUUAUUUCACCCUCAACAUGGCCUUUUUCUUUGUUGAGCAAUCAUCUUGUGAGAACUUGCAGGUUGCACUAGGUAGAUUAGCAGUAGGUAGAUUUACUGGAUAACAAUUCCACGAUGAAUACAGUGUUCCUUCAUGUUUGAGGAAAACAAUCAAAUUGCCUUUGUCACUGGAGCGUGUGGUCAGGAGUAGGUGGAGCGCGAGUUACGGAAAAGCAGCUAUAAAAAGACCGAAGUCAAACUUCAGCUGAAACAUCACAAAAAGCACCACAAUCAAUACAAUUGGCUAACACUGCUUCACUUAGUCUGGAGGCCUGCCCAGAAGCCAUGUUCAGUUUCUUUCUGUUGAAUGUAAACUGACUGUAGGCCUUUUUUCUUUUCUUUCUUUUCCGUAAAUCUCCUGCGCUGCUUGGCUCUAAUGACCCCUGCAGCAUUAUUUUGUUUAGCUCGUCUAUUCAUGCAGUCUCAUUGGCUCUGUCACGUCGACGGGCCGACCCAAAGGACGCACCGCCACACUGAUGUCACCGCCUCGGUUCAGUCGGUGUUCAUGUCUUCGUGUAUGCUUUUCGUGCAUUCACAGCACCUGGGCUCUGGCGGUCGGGGUGAAACCCGGUUUGGGCUGAGAUGUAGGACUUGUUGCUUUAUGAGCCUCUGGAGUGAAGCCAUUCAAAUCCUCUUGAAUAUGAUAGCUGAGAGUGAGCUUCAGUUUGAACGGCCCCCUGAUGUUUCUCGUUAUCCAAACACUUAAGAGUGGAAGGAAUUGACCAAACAACCAAAUCAUUUUUUUGUUUGGUGGGAAGAAAACAAACCCUGGACAUCGGCCAUCGAAGUGUCGCUGGGUUGAUUCAAGAACCCCAAGGUUCAACGGUCAAACACGUUUUAGGUCAUACUGUCAUAUUCAACGGUCAAACACGUUUUAGGUCAUACUGUCAUAUUCAACAGUCAAACACGUUUUAGGUCAUACUGUCAUAUUCAACGGUCAAACACGUUUAGGUCAUACUGUCAUAUCUGCUCAAACUGACUGUUUCCCACAAUGAUGCCCGCAGAGCCAGUUUAUCCUUCCAUGGUGUGUAGCUCCGUGUCCGUCUUGAUUUUCUUCUUCUACCAUUCCGGGACAACAAUUGUGAUUAAGACCAGUCGCUCCACUUUAUACUCCGUUUUGUUAAUUUGUUCCAAUAUUUAUUUCAAGUGCCAAUGUGUUUCCACUGUAUUGUUCACACUAUGCAAACUAUGUAUUUAUUAUGUAGUAUUAUUUAGGUCAAGCAGCAGAGUGGGUUUUCAUUUGAUUUGGCAUUGUCAUUUGAGACUUAUUUUCCCAUAACAAUAAGCAUGUACAGUAUGAUUUUUAUUUCAACAGAACAUGUCUUAGGCAUUCUCAGAUGCAACUUUUUCUUUUUCUUAAUCCCAAACAUUGAGGACGAUUACCUAAAUGACUUAAAGUAUUUAUUGUCUGGCUUGGUAUCAUAUUGAAGGGGGACUGUCAGAAAAAUAUUUUAAUAUCUUAGACUUGAACUUCAGUUUGUAUUUUGCGGUGCUUAAAGCAGGGGCAGUGAUUUCGGGGGGUGACUGAUGCUAAUUUCUUUGCUCCGCGGUCGGUCGGUCGGGGUCGAUACUGUUCUCCUGUUCAGUGAAGUAUCUUCCACACCGAGUUGUUUGACAACCAUCUUAACAAGCAUCACCUCUGACUGAAGUGUGUUGAAUAACAGUAUUCCUGUUGCUCUGUUACCCCCUAGAUCUGCCCUUUCAGAUGGGGAAUGUUAUGCAUCAUGUAUAUGAUGGAGUCAAAAUAAAAAAUAUUGCAAUGUGACAACAUAUGUUCAUUUGAA